CUCUCUCUCUCUCUCUCUCUCUCCAACUAGCACCCACUCCAACUAGCACUCACGUCCGACUCUCUACCUAAUCAUGUCAAGACCCUCAGUGCGCGAAACCAUCGCCGCUGCUAGAGCGCGAUUGGCUCAGGAACAGGCAAAAACUAAAACAAUCCGCGGCGGUGGAGACGAUGAGCGACAGGCCUUUGUCAGCUCUGGCGUCCCAGGCGUCAGGAAGACCGCCCCUCCCCCAAGGCGCCAGACAGACGUCGAGAUCCUUGGACACACCCAAAAGUCUAUCAAGAGCCUUAUCGCCAAUGCCAAAGGGAGCGGCAUAAUGAACAUCUCCAGCCGCGAACUGACUGCGGUCCCUCUGGAGAUCUGGAACAUGUACCAUGUCGAUCCAGACAAGGUUGUCGUCGACUUCAACUCGAGCAGCAGCGCAUGGUACGAUGCUGCCGAUCUCACGCGUUUCAUUGCAGCUGACAACAAAAUCACGUUCAUCGAUUCCAGGAUUCAGGAAUUCGGCACCCUGGUCGCUGUGGACCUGCGAAGCAACGAACUGACAACACUCCCCGAGGAAUUUGGAGAGCUGAAGCGCUUGGUCAAUCUCAACCUCUCGUCCAACAAGUUUGCAGAGAUCCCCCCUGUCGUUUUCACUCUUGUGGCCUUGCUCGACCUGCAGCUCGCCAACAAUCAGCUCUCUGGACCAUUGAAUCCAGCCAUCGGCAGUCUUUCCAAGCUUGAGUCCCUCGAGCUCUCCGGCAACAACCUAACCGCACUUCCACAGGAGCUAUCGCAAUUGAAGGCUAUGCGCAAGCUGAACCUGUCCAAGAACAAGAUCGAGGAACUACCCGUCAGCAUUCUUGCGCAAAUGCCGAAGUUGACAGAACUGGAGAUCUCGGACAACAAACUCGAAUGCCUUUUCAGUGGUCUCGCCCAGUGGAGCUUGGAGGGAGAGGAAGCGUUUGUUCUGCCGUCUCUUGUCAGACUGGAUGCCAGAACCACAGGAAUUCAGAGAAUCACUGACUUGGAAAGCGGCACAGAUGGCUUGUCCAAGCCCAAGAUCCAGCUCCCAGCGGUCAAGGAGCUGAUGCUAUCCCACAACAACUUGAGCAGCCUUGAGAAUAUUUUAUUCGCCACCCCUCAGCUUUAUUAUCUGGAUUUGCGCCACAACAGAUUCUCGACCAUUCCGACAGGCGUACUGGAGCUCUCGAAUCUGCGCAACCUUGAUAUGGCUAGCAACGGAAUGGAACAUAUGCCGUCAGAGCUUGGAAACAUGUUCGACCUCACUACAUUUGUCUGGGAAGGCAAUCCUAUUCGGAACUUGCCUCGGACUGUCACCAGCACUGAGGCUCUUAUGAAAUUGCUGCGACGUCGUCAGGAGACCGAUGUUCCAUCGCCAGUUGAUAUUUCCCGUGUAGAGGCGCUCAGCAUCUCCGCAGGUGCAGAGAGCUCUAUCCCCUCAUCAUCCGCGGCACCAAUGUUUCCUACUCAUAAUGGCCCCGUUGCCGGCCGUUCAGCCUCUUUCUCAGCUCGUACAACGCCAGAGGCUGAUGCUUCAUCUAAGAAGCCUUCCAGUGCAGUCAAUAACCUGAAUCUCGCCAAGAAAGGCCUUAAGGAGGUCUCGAAGGAAGAGAUUCUGGAGGCGUGCUUGAACCCGCAAAGUGCUAUCCUCGAUUCGAACGCGCUGGUGGCCUUCCCCGUGGCACUGCAUGAGGCCGUUGGAGCAACUCUCAUCCAGAUCAGCAUCCAACGCAACAAGAUUCCAGAGUUCCCAUUCACGCUGUCCUUCCCGUUCCUGGCGUCGAUUAAUUUGUCGGAGAACGCUAUUACUACCCUGGAUACAAUUAGUGCGGAGGCCGCAGAGGAUGUCGGACUCAACAAUUAUCCAAAUCUCAAUGAGCUCAACUUGACAGGCAAUCGACUAACAGAGCUCCCGGUCUGGCUGCCCAAGGCAUUCCCGAGGCUGAAGACCUUGAACGCGAGUCGGAACAAGAUCACUGCGAUUGAACCCAAGUCACUGGAGGGCUUGAUUGUUGUCGAUCUCUCGGGCAAUGAGAUCGGAUCCCUUCCUCCGCUCCUGGGCAACAUUAGGAGCAUCAAGUCAAUAAUGCUCGAUGGAAAUCUGUUCAGAGUGCCACGACGACAGAUCAUGGAUCAGGGAACGGAAGCCGUCAUGGAGUAUCUCCGCGGGCGAAUUCCUGUAUAAUGCAACAUGCUGCUGAAAUGAUAGCUAAUUACCGACAGGCCAUUGCUUAACAUAUAUCGCUGAAAUAAAGGAGCACAGCGCCACACCCCUCCACGAGUUUGAUCCGGCCAUGGAUGAUUCGAUGGGGCUCAACAGAUUGUUGGUGUGCUCAUUGGACUACAUGC